GAACAUUCAUUUUACACAAAAUUGAUCAAAAUAAAAAAAUGAUAUACAUAUCCAGGCUUCCUCUAGUCAAGAGAUUCUUUGCGUAGGGUGGACUCUACGAAAGCAACAGCAUUGACUUAGGAAGUAAUGAAUAAUAACUCAAUUUUAAAUCAGAUUAGUAUAAGAUAGACGUGUAAUAUACCUGCACUUGAAUACUGAUUUUUCCCAACCUUCGUUGAUCAGUGAGGACUAUGAUGGAUAAAUAAAAAACUAGGAUCUAGGUAAGUACGUGUGAAUAUGUAAGGAAGUACUGAACAUUUAUCCUCCAUGGGUAUUUUUCCAUUUUGUUUUCAUUCUUAUGAUUAUAUGUUAAGUAUAAAUUGAAUGAUAAUAAUAAGCUGAAGAGGAAAAUAGUUUGUGAGUUCUUAAGCUACCAAAGUCAAUCUGCGUUUCAAGGUGUUUCCUCUAUAUAGACCAUUAGCAAUUGGCUUCACUGGAAAAGGGAAAUAAGCCCGUGGUAUCACGAGGAGGUGGCCGGUAUUGCCACGGGUCUUCUAAAACCAUUAACGCCUUUAAAAUUCACCACAGCUAUUCUUCUGUGUAUAGCGAUUCGUGUGCCUUUUGGUGUGUCUUUAUUCUUAUUGCUAUUGGAAUAAACCAUAACGGUUUAUACUAAACUUUCCACUGGUCUCCGUUAACGGCCAAUGGUUUAACCGCUCAUCCACAUUGACUACUCUCCCUCAGACGUUGUGCUUCCGCUCGAAUAUUGGUAUAAUCAGCAGCAACCACAAUUUUGAUCGUGUGAAGAUAACUUUGUCUUCUAUUUCUAUUUCUUCAUGUAUGAGAAUUUCUGAGGAGCCACGGUACACUUCUGAAAGCCAGUCUUUUUGGCCUUCUCGCUGGGGCACCAUGGCAAGCCUCAGUCCCACACGGAUCGACCUUCACAUUCUCCAUUUAUUUCAACUUCGUGUGGUGUAAUCUGUUCCCAGAAUGCUUGUAUCGAUAUACCGUAAGGACCACGACUGUAUAGGCAUACGUGUUCACAUAUACACACAAACAGAACCUAUACCGAUAAACAAUGGGUAUACAUAUCAUGCUUUAUCACUGAAGCAUUGCCCUCUUUCCCCAACGCAAAGAUACAAGGUUAGCAAAAUAAUUUUAUACUUAAUUUUUGUACAUUACCUCACCUCAAGUUCAUGAACCUAUGAGAAAGAUGGUAUGGUCUUAGCUGUUCCCUCCCUUGACAAA